AUGUCAGUGUCACAGGCAGCUUUCAAGGCCGAGAAGGCUGUUGGCCACGAUGGUAGCACCAUCACACAACAAGAUGUCACCAACUAUUCACAAAGCGGCAAGAGUGAGAACAUGAAAGCUCUCGUAUGGCAAGCAAAAAACAAGGUUGAGAUUAUCGAUACCCCUCGUCCCAAGAUUAUUGAGCCCCGAGAUGUCAUUCUGAAAGUCACCGGAAGCACACUCUGCGGAAGUGACCUGCACUUACUUCACGGAUCGGUCAUCCAAAUGCAAAAGGGCGACAUUCUCGGCCAUGAGUUCUGUGGCGUUGUCGAUGAGGUCGGAUCCGAAAUCACCGGCAUCAAGAAGGGCGGCCGUUACGUUGCAUCAUUCCAAAUCGCCUGUGGAGACUGCUUCUUCUGCAAACAGAAACUGUCAUCCCAGUGCGAGCGCACAAACUCCAACAGCACUGAGCACGCCAUGUACGGUGGCCAGACCGCGGGUAUGUUCGGCUACUCGCACUUCACCGGCGGAUUCGCUGGUGGCCAGGCAGAGUAUGUACGCGUGCCUCUAGGCGACGUGAAUCUCCUGCCCAUCCCGGACGACGUCCCCGAUGAGAAGGCUUUGUAUCUUUCCGACGUGCUCGCCACGUCGUACAACUGCGUCAAGGAUACCGCUGUGUACAAGGGCGAUGAGGUCGCCAUUUGGGGCGCUGGCCCCAUCGGCCAGAUGUGUGGCAUUUUUGCGAUCAACGAGGGCGCAUCCAAGAUCAUUUUUGUGGACGAGGGGACAAGACUGGAUUUGGUCAAGAGCAAGUGGCCGGCAGAGCACCAAGACAAGCUGGAGCUCGUUGACUAUAAGAAGCUGAGUUUUGGCGUCACAAACAAGCCUACCGUUGUUAGCAAGCUUAAGGAGUUGUGCGGCGGCCGUGGCCCCGAUGUCGCCUUGGAGUGCGCCGCUGGCGAGUAUCCCAAGGGUUGGAUGCAUACGGUGGAGAUGGCUGUUGGUGCCGAAACAGACACCAGCGAGCUGGUCAACGAGAUGAUUGAGAGCGUGAGGAAUUUUGGCCGAUGUGGCAUUACCGGUGUCUAUGUUGGAUACACCAACCACUUCAACAUCGGGUCUCUGAUGGAGAGAGGUAUUCGUCUGAUUGGCAACGGACAAGCACCAGUCCACCUGUACUGGGAAAACUUGAUGAAGGAAAUCCAGUCAGGCAAGCUGGAUCCCCUGCAAAUGGUGUCCCACCGAAUCACUCUUGAGGAUUUGGAUAAGGUUUAUUACAAAUUUGACAAGCACGAGGAUGGCCUUCAGAAGAUCUUUGUUGAGACAAAGCACUCUUUCCCGAAGGCUGCUGGGUCUCCUGAGUUGACACGCGGCAUCUUGGACGCCUGGAAAGCUGCUCACUCGACCACAUUGUCCAAUGUCACUCCUAUGAGUUUCAAUGACAAUGCCAACAGACCACAGAAGCUCACUUUCAUUAUCAAAUAUACGGAAAGCCAGCCUACCACGUAUCAAUUCAGUCACCUCGGUGCUGGCUCUGGACAUGUCUUCAGCGCCGAUGAGCCUGAUAACCAUUUUACAGAAGCUGAAGCCUUGACAGUCUUCGCCAAUAUAAGCAUCUCACCACAAUUAGUCGCGGUUGGGCCCGGCGAAUCUGCUACAGUCUCCGUGUCAGUAACCAAAGAGCCCGACCUGCCAGAAGCGGUACUUCGUGGCUCGUAUUUUGGGGGCUAUAUCGUGGUCGAUGCUGUUGAGGGCUCGGCCGAGGUCAGCAAGCUGCAACUGCCCUACAUCGGAUGCGGCGCACCACUCGCUGUCAUGCCAAUCAUGAAUACCACGGCCUCAUACUCGGCGGUCUUGAACUUCCCAACCUCUACGAUCACGCCCGCCAAUGACUACAAGGGCACGCUACACCCAGCAGUAGUGCUAGCACUCAACGUGCCUACACGGGACAUGACACUCAGCGUCGCAAAUGCAGUGAAUGGCGAGAAUAUGCUUGUCUCGUCGCGUAUUGUAUCGCCGGAUCUCUAUAAUUGGGGUUCCACAUACGGCAAUGGUGUAGAUGGCAAUUACACUCGCCUUUCCGAGGGAGACCAUACUGGGCGAACCACGUCUUUGAAACUCAAUGCAAGCCCGGACGAUGAAGACAUCUGGGAGAUGUGGGAGUCAUUUAAACGGAACAUAAGGUGGACGACAAAUCCCACAGCCAAGCGAUGA